GGCAGCCUGGCUGGCACACAGCACUGAGUGUUCCCAGGGAGAGGGUCAGAGCUGUGUAUACUGACUGCUCCCAUCACUGGACUGCAGAGAGCCCCUGGGUGCUAUCACUUUAAGCAGAGCAUUAAAUCAGCCUCUCAGGACUUCAUGUCUGUAUUUUACCCCAUUCACUGCACUGAUUACUUGAGAUCAGCUGAAAUGACUGAAGUAAUAAUGAACACUCAGUCCAUGGAUGAGAUUGGAUUAAGUCCUCGCAAAGACUCUUAUCAGAUUUUCCCAGAUCCUUCUGAUUUUGAGCGAUGUUGCAAACUGAAGGACAGACUGCCUUCGAUUGUCGUGGAGCCUACAGAAGGAGAUGUAGAGAGUGGUGAGCUGCGAUGGCCUCCAGAGGAAUUUGUUGUGGAGGAGGAAAAGGAUGACUGCGUCGAAACAAAGAAGGAAACUAGCCAGGAGCAGUAAUGGCAGCCCUGCAUCCGAUCUUAAAUCUAUUGUCGUGUGAAGGAGGAAAUGGCCACAAAAUGGCUUGACUAUGAAUCUGUUAGAGGUUUUCUGUUAAAGAUGACAAACUCAAAGAUGCACCUGUGAGAUUUUUUUUUUUCCUUGUGAGAAAAUACAGCCGUCAUGUGAUCAAAAGCAGGAAGUCUUCUAAGAAAUGUUUGCUUUAUAUAUUUUUUUUCUCCAUUAUAUUCCAUUAUUUAGAGAUUGCGAUCUGAGUUGGUUUUUUUCUGAUCCUAGAAGUAGCGCUCAUAUUCCCACAAGGCAUCAAAGGCAGGAAUUAACCAUAGAGUGCACUUCAACAGCAGCAAGCAACGGAUGGACCUUUCUUUUUCUUUUUUUCUCUUUCAAAGAAUGCAAAUUUAAUGUUAAUUUUCUUUAUCAGCAAGAAAAUAGCAAAUUUUGAGAAAGUGUUUGGGGAUGGGGGGAUAUCACCUAGAAGGGAAUUGUCCUAUUGUAAGUGAAGCUUAGAGGUGGUGAAAUAUUGUGACCUUUAUUAUUCAGCCUGGCACAUGAGUCACCUUUACGAUGGUACCAUAGACAAGUGAUUAACUUGGAGAUAAUGUCAUGUUUUGUCUUCAUAGCUAUAUGGAAACCCUUCCAAGGGACCCAAUAUCAUUUCAUGCAUAGAAUGUUGGCUUGUUUCAUAAUUUUGUUUUUCUAAUUUGCUUCCAAACGUGACAUGGAGAAUAUGCGCCUGGGAUCUAGCAGUGUUUGAAGAUUAAUUUUCUGGUAUUGCCGGUCAUUACAGAGCUUCCUGUUCCAAUAACAAAUUCGAUAGUGUUCUGUUUCACACCAUACGUGCCCACACAGCAUGUCAGAUUUUCAAGAUGGCUAUCCUGCGCACAUAUGUGUUUUCGUAGUCUGAAAGGGAUCAGACGAUAUUAGGGAUCUUUCACCAUUGUGAAAAAAAGUUUGUUUUUUGUCAGUGUAGUGCAAAUAAAGAUACUUGCCAAAACUGGGGUAAAAAAAAUUGUAGGAUUUACCGCACCUAUAGAAACUAUUUUUUUUUGGGAUAUGCAAGAAAUUGUUGUCUAACAGUGUAGAUUAAGAGAUAUAUUUCUUAAAGUAGCAUUAAAUCAUCAAAGCAUUUUUGUUUGGUUUGCUGUGUACAGUAGAAAAUUCAGGGACGUUUAAAUUGUUUCCUCGAAAAUAGUCCCCUGUCCGUGUAUUCAUGUGAUGGAUGCAUCUGAUGGGUGCUGACAGACCUAAAAAUAAACAUCCAUUUCAUUCAUCAGUAACCCACAUACAUUGCACAAAAUGGACAGUCUUUCAAGAGGCCAUUAUUUAUCUUGCACACAAUAGACUAGUCACAUUCUGGUUCAUGCUUCCUUUAUCCAUAUUUUUUUUUCAGCGUUCAUUGAGCUGAAAGUAAAAAAAAAUAAAAGCAAAAAAAUAAAUGUUUGAAAUGCUGUGGGCUACAAAGGAAAAUAUUGCUAUCCACAAACUGUUUUUAGGUCUGCCUAAUCCUAUCUUUCAGUAAUCUAUAGCAAUAACUUGUGUCUGUGCUUUGAAUGAUAAAUGCAAAAUGUAAAGCUUUGUGUGUUCUCUAGUGACACGUGUAGGAAGUCCUUGGAGGUAGAAGUAUUUUUAUCUCAUCUGCAUCUUCAAACGGUUUGUCACCAAGAAAAAAUGUCCUCAGUCCAGACCAAUGGGUGUCUGUUUUGUAAUUCUGGUCCUGUUUUCUUCAUAGUGUCUAGUGACUGACCAUGUCAUUUGGGCCUUUGAUGGCCUGGAAUUUUAACACAAUCCAUGUGCUCUCAAAGCCGGAGCGUGAUACGUGGUCAUGUUCUCAACUGAAGGGUGUUACGGAAUGCCACUUGCCGAUGGAACUUAACUUGUCACCUUCUUGUUCCCCAGCUGUGCCACACAGCAUGAAAAUCGAAAUGGCGCUCCUGAGACUGUAUGACUUGCAAGUGGGGGAACAAAACCUACUCCUGAUUUUAAACGUUUGUGUCUCCAUCUUGUUUGAGAUUAUUGUAUCUUUCAAUUUGUUACUGAUGUAUCUGCGAACAAAAAGCACUCUAGUAAAUUCUGUUGUAAAAUAGUAUAUAUAUGUAAUUUUUGAGGCUCAGGGAGAAGCUAGCUUUGUUUUGUUUGUUUUUGUUUUGUUUUUCUCAAACUUUUUUUGUCACUGUGACAGUUGUAAAUAAAGGUUUGAAAUUGCUUUCCAAAA